AUGACAUCGAGAUUCUCAGAAAUGAACGUUGAAGAUGUGGGAGUGAAGCAGCCAAUCGCCACUCCGAGUAGGAAUGACUUUUGCAAAUUCAUGAUGGCUGCAGCUAAGGAGGACGGUGAGGGAUCGCCAGUGGAUACCAACGAAGAAAGUCUUUCUCAUCGAAAAUCGGAAGCUCUGCGUUCGAACCGAUAUAUCAAGCCGGAACCUGUUGAUGAUUACGAAAAUGAAAGUGCUUCCGGUCCUCCUUCGCCGCGCAUGAGAUACAAACGUCAGUGCGCUGAGCUAGCCAUCAAGAAGAUUAAACUGGAAAUGCAGCCUGGUCAUUUCGAUCCCAAUAAAGAGAAGAAAAAUGGUGGAGAAUCACGUGAAGGCUCGUGUGAUCGAAGUGAAUGUGCGCUACAGAAGACAUGCUCGCUGAAUCUCGUUCCAAACUGUCUGAAAACCGUGACGGAUGCUUGCGGCAAAAAUUUUUAUCAUCUUACAAAAGGCGAACAUGUCUGUGGUCCUUGCUACGAUGAGCUUUGGAUGACAGGACAUAUCCAUGCUCAGCACUUUGCCGACUGGAAAGUGACCUGGUGCAAAAUGAGUCGUUGCUUCCCUACACCAAGAUUUUUUGUGCAGGAUCAGCUGCUCCCAUACUGGCUUGAGUGCACAAAAUGUCACAAAUACCGCAAAUAUGACUCAGAGGCGUUGAAAGUGAUUACCGUUUCAGAGAUUGAAAGCUUCAUUUGCAUCGAUUGCUCUGCACCGGAGGAUAGGCUAGCGAUAGAAGCUCGUAACCCGAACUGGAUUUUAUCGGCUGCAGUUGCUCCUUUGCUGCAUAAUUCGCCAUCUUUGUACUACCUGAAGGAUCAUUACUAUCUGGAUGAGGUUGGAGUUAGCCCGGCUGCUGCCAGCUAUCCGGAAGACAUCACCGUACCUUCAUCGUCAUUUAUGGCACCUUUUCACAUACCUGAACAGCCUAUGGCCUUCUGUGUUCGGCCGGAUGUGAUGGAAUACGAUGAACUGAAACGUUUCCCACAGUACUCUGCAGAGCCAAUCAUAUAUCUUGGCCUUCGUAAUCUCAUAAUCACUCUUUGGAACAUGAAUCCGUGUGAAUAUCUUACAUUUGAUCGUUGCAAGAAUAAUCUUAUCUCACGUGGGCUUUGCCGUAUAUGGCAAAUUCAAGAAAUGAAGAAGAUCUAUGAUUAUUUAAACGUCAAAUGCAUAAUCAAUAUAGGACUCGUCAGCAUUCCUCCGGCUUUAGAAACGAGAUCAAAGCGCACUCCGAACGUGUUGAUCAUUGGAGCAGGGAUAAGUGGACUUGCUGCAGCACAUCAACUGCGAUCACUUGGUGCCAAAGUGACGCUUUUGGAAGCGAAGGAUGUUUUGGGGGGCAGAAUGCAGGAUGAUCUUAGUUUGGGGAUCCCAGUUGGUCAUGGUGCGCAAUUGAUCACAGGGAUCAUGAACAAUCCGAUCGUUGUUAUGUGCCAUCAGGCAAACAUUCCUUAUCGCCCGCUACAUCGAGAAUGUGCAAUGAUGGACUCAGCUACUGGGAAAGUUCUGAAUCAUAAAGUCGAUUGGAUUGCUGAAGAGCACUGGAAUUGUAUACAUGACAUUUUGGGAUACUGGCGUUCACACAGCAAAGCACCCGAUCGGAGCUUGAUGGAUCAAAUCAACAUCGCACAUAAGAAACUCAUCAAAGGAUCGCGUAUCAAAUGGGGAGAUGCACAUGAACGCGCUUUUCAGUUCAAUCUUGGCAACGCAGAGUUCAGUUGUGGCGCAAAGCUAGAUGAAGUCUCCUGGAGAAACUGGGACCAAAACGAAGCCGUCAAUCAAUUUGCCGGUGCUCAUGCGCUUCUUCCAGAUGGAUGCGUCGACCUUAUAGAGAAACUUGCAGAAGGCACAGAUAUUCGAUUUGAGCAUGAGGUGCGCACCAUCGAUUGGCCGCGAACCAGAAAAUCGGUCACAGUGACAUGCACAAAUGGCAAAAAAUUUUCUGCUGAUAAGGUUUUGAUAACCGUUCCCUUGGCAGUGUUGCAAAAGCAUGGAAUCAGAUUCAAUCCCAAACUGCCGGACAAAAAGUUGAAAGCGAUGAGGUAUAUCGGAGCAGGGCUCAUAGAAAAGGUUGCUGUGCGUUUCCCACGUUGUUUCUGGAACGCGCUAUUGAAGAAAGAUGGAACUUUGGACUAUUUCAGUAACGCGCCGCGCAAAAGCAGCGAGCGAGGACUGUUCAACAUGUUUUACGAUUUUUCAAAGAGGGAUGCUAAUGGUGUAGCUCCAUAUUAUGUUCUGAUGUCAUAUGUAUGUGGAGAUUCCGUGAAUCUGGUGAAUGAACACACUGAUGAGGAAGUUGGACAGAUUUUUGUCGAUACCUUGAAAAAGCUGUUUCCCAAUGAGGAUAUCCCUAAACCAGACGGAGUGGUAGUAUCUCACUGGGGACGCGAUCCCCAUAUUGGAAUGUCCUACACAUAUGUGCGUAUAGGAGGUACAGGAGCACAUUAUGAUGCUUUAGCAGCUCCCGUAGAUGCACGGCUCUUUUUCGCAGGAGAAGGUACAAAUCGCUUUUUCCCACAAACAAUGACCGGGGCUUAUAUUAGCGGGCUUCGUGAAGCUGGUCGCAUUAUAGAAUCUUGUCAUAAUGAGAUAUGGAUAGAUUAGAUUCCAUUUUUUUGGUUCUAAGUCUUUUAUUUUUUUUCACACUUUCCUUUCUCAUUUGACUAUGGUUUUCAACAAUGGUUUAGCUUCUAAAGUUAUUUAUUUCCUUUUUUGUUGCCAAACCUUCCCGUUUUUCUGGCCUUUCGAAUUUUUCUGCAUCAAUAUGAGCUCUUAACUAGUUGAUUCUGUACAACUAACCUCUUUCUUUGGAAUACCAAAAUUAGUUUUGUGAUGUUUCUGACAAAGGUCUUGUGAUUUCUUGCUAACUUUUCCUAGUACUAUUUCUUCUGAUCUCAGAAUGUAUGUUUGUA